GCUGGGUUUGUUGAUGGUGAGGGUUGUUUUUAUGUAAAAACUUCCAAAAUAAAGAAAGGCCUAGGUAUUACAUAUAAAGUAAAUGUUUAUUUUUCUAUAUCACAGCACAAACGUGAUUUAGCUUUACUCGAAAACCUAGCAACUUAUUUCAAUUGUGGUUUUGUGGAAACAGUAAAAACUAGACCAACUCAAUCUUCUUAUGUUGUAUAUAAAUUUUAUGAUAUACUUAAUAAAAUAAUACCUUUUUUUGAUACAUAUUCUUUAAAAGGUAAAAAAUUAUUAGACUUUUAUGAUUUCAAAAAAAUAGCAAGCAUAACUGAAAAAAAUAUCUAUUACGAAGAAAACAGUGACCUAUUAAAAGAAAUAAUAAAAAUUAAAAAAAAUAUGAAUAGAAACAGAUAA